AUGAUGGCUCAAUUCACCAAGAGGCAAUGGCUCACGCUGAUAGUUAUUAGCCUCGCGGACUUCGCGAACGCGAUCUGCGUUUCACUCCAAGCGCCGUUCUACCCCCAGGAGGCCGAGAAAAAAGGUGCAACCUCAUCGGAGUAUGGAUUGGUAUUUGGGAUCUUCGAGCUGGUCGUCUUCAUUAUCAGUCCUGUCUAUGGGCAAUACUUGCACCGUAUCGGGCCGAAGUUGCUGUUCAACGGCGGCAUCAUGACCACGGGCACUUGCGCCAUCUUCUUCGGUCUCCUGGACAAGGUCAACGGCCAUUAUCCCUUCAUAGUCCUUUCGUUCGUAAUUAGGAUCGUCGAGGCGAUGGGGAACGCUGCCUUCCUUACGGCUAGCUUCGCCAUUAUCGCCAAAGAGUUCCCGGACAACGUGGCCACGACCUUCGCCAGCCUCGAGACCUUUUUCGGUUUUGGUCUGAUUGUCGGGCCCACCGUGGGCGGUGCCCUGUUUCAGGUUGGCGGAUACACAACCCCGUUCGUUGUCCUGGGAUCGGCUUUGUUCGCAACUGCGGUCAGUACCAUUUUCAUUCUACCGGUUCAUACUAACGAUAGUCUGGCUACUCACACUACGGGAGGUGUGACGAAAGCUCUGAAGAUUCCCGGUGUAUUGGUCGCCACAGCGUCCAUAAUCGCGACUAGUAUGAGCAUAGGAUUUUUACAGGCGACGCUGGAGCCGCAUUUAAGGCAAUUCGAAUUGAGUCCCGUCAUUUUGGGCUUAAUGUUCGUCCUUAACGGCGCCACUUACGCCAUUACGGCCCCGGCAUGGGGUUGGCUCUGCGACAAACAUUCCCAUCCGAAAGUGGCAACCGUGGCAGGAUGUGUUCUUGUGUGCGUAGGAUUUUCUCUGGUCGGGCCAGCGCCUUUCAUACCAUGCUCGACGAUUCUCUGGAUGACCAUUUCCGGUCUCGUCGUUCACGGUCUCGGCAUGGCUGCACAGCUGGUUGCUAGCUUCACGGAUGCCUUGAGAACGUCCAUAGAAUACGGGUUCGAAAAUACUCUCGAGACAUACGGUCUCAUCAGCGGAUUAUGGACGAGCACCUUCGCCCUUGGUGCCUUCAUUGGACCCAGCGUGGCGGGGAUCCUUAUGGACAAUAUAGGAUUCAGAAACGCCUCGAUGUUCAUCGUAUUACUCCAUCUACUAGUGGGCGUGACGGCGGCGGUCUUCCUCAGCGGUUGCACGCGACGACGAAAACCGUACACGGAGAUCAGUGCCGCGGACGACCCGAGGAUACCGCUGACAGACAGCGGGCAAUCGCGUAGCGGGAGUCUACGGUACGCAGGACGGGGCCAGGGUGUACCGAUCGACAGGCCCAGCGGCAUGAAUUCCCUGAUCGCGUGCAACAGUUACUCGAACAGGGCGGGCGCAUGGUCACGGGCGUCGUACAGCGGACGGUAUUCCCACAGUUACGGUUCGAUCGAGGCCAAGAGGUACCUGGAGAUGACCACGUGA